CGUCAAGUGGAACGAGCGGAUACCUCUGUAAGUUGUCCUUGAUCCCGUCUUUCCUGCAGGCAUUGAGAAGGACUCUAGGCCAUGCGAGCCAUCCUCUCUAGUUAGGGUCAGCGUGUACGCUUCAUUUGAACUGGAUCCCAUGCUCGGUCAAGGAGAAGUCCUCCGCACAUUCAAUAUCUCCGUAGGAGAAUUACUCGAUCGCAGCGAAAAGUCACGUGCUAUAAUCUUUCAGCCCAAGCAGGAGGAAGUCGUAUCCUCGUGCACUUCGCUGCUUAUGACAGUGGAGCAACGACGUUCUGAUGAAAACGACGCCGCAGUUAUUCGCCCCUUUACUACCCUUAUGUCCGAUGACAUGCAUGAGUUAGUACUGAGGACGGACGCCGGACAUGGUCUUCUCGCACGAUACCGAAGGACACACAACACUGGGGAUCUAGACCAAUCCAUAACGCGCUUUGAACGGGCCUCUGAUCUCUGCCCCAUGAAUCAUCCAUGCCGCCCCGCAGCACUGUUCAAUCUAGCUGUGGCGAAGUUUCUUAGUUGCCAAGUCAAUGGAACAUACCUCAACCUCGACGUCCCCAUCUCUCUUUUUCAAGAUGCGUUGGACUUGCGCCCAACUGGUCAUCCUGACCGACCGAUCACUCAGCUCCAUCUUGCCAUUGCUCUGCUAUCCCGGUUCAAGAAACAGGGACUUGGAACGGAUGCUGAUGCGGCGGAAGAAUUACUCAGCGAGGUCCUCGAUAUUUGCCACUCCAACAGCCACAUUUACAGAGCAGCUUUGCUUGCAAUCGACACACUUUCUCUGCAUCGAGCUGAAGGCAAUGAUGAACACGAUCUUGGGCAGAUGCAGCCCGCUGCAUCCAUGCUUCCGUCAUGGCAAGAUCAACUUGUAUACCUAGCAGAGCUGUGUUUGCAGGGAAAUGAUCCCCAUGAAUUAGAUGAAGUGAUUUCCCUUCAUUACGAUGCACUGCGAUGUUACGACGCUGUGCAUGAUUUCCGAGGGCAAUUCCUAUGCAAUCUGGGUGUAUUGCUGCACACUCGCUUCGGGCGUCGAGGCAAUAGCCAAGACCUCGACCAGGCCACGACGCUUCUCAGGGAAGCGCUGGUUGUAUUUCCGGACGGUCACGCAGCUCGGGACGCGUCGUUAAAUAGCCUUGCGAAUGUGCUCUUCACCCGCUUCGAGCACCGAGGCAAUGACCAAGACUUGGAUGAUGCUAUUAUACUUCACAAGGAUGCGCUGGCUUUGCGUCCAGUUGGUUACCCAUAUCGGUCCAAGUCAUUAAAUAAUCUUGCAACUAUGCUCUUCGCCCGCUUCGAGCUCCGAGGCAAUGACCAAGACUUGGAUGACGCUAUCGUGCUUCACAGGGAUGCACUGGCUUUACAUCCAGUCGGUCACCCGGAUCGGUCCAUGUCAUUGGAUAACCUUGGGAAUGUGCUCUCCACCCGCUUCCGGCACCGGGGCAAUGACCAAGACUUGGAUGAGGCUAUCAUGCAUCACAGGGAUGCACUGACCAUACUUCCAGUUGGUCACCCAGAUCGGUCCAAGUCGUUACAUAACCUUGCGAUUGUGCUCUCCACCUGCGUCCAGCACCGAGACAAUGCCCAAUACUUGGAUGAGGCUAUCAUGCUUCACAGGGACGCGCUGGCUUUACGUCCAGUCGGUCAUCCAGAACGGUCCAAGUCAUUAAAUAGCCUUGCAUCUACGCUCUCCACCCGCUUCCAGCACCGAGGCAAUGUCCAAGACUUGGAUGAGGCUAUCAUGCUUCACAGGAACGCACUGGCUUUACAUCCAGUCGGUAGCGCAAUUACGUUCAAGUCAUUAAAUAACCUUGCGAAUGUGCUCUCUACCCGCUUCGAGCACCAAGGCAACGGCCAAGACUUGGAUGAGGCUAUCAUGCUUCACAGGGACGCGCUGGCUUUACAUCCAGUCGGUCACGCAGAUCGGUCCUCGUUAUUAAAUAACCUUGCAUCUACGCUCUCUGCCCGCUUCCAGCACCGACGCAAUGUAGAAGACCUCCACGAGUCACGAGAGAAUCUUCGCUGUGCAUUGACUCUGUUGACGCAACAUGAUCCUCGUCGAUUACAGGCCCAUCAAUUACUAGCUACUGUCUAUCUGUUGUUUCAUCAAUCCGGACUUGACCGCACUGGCGAAGAUACUGAUAGUCUGAAUGCUGCCAUGCAUCACUGCAAGGCAGCAGCAAAUCUUGUCUCCGGAGGAUUGCAACCUCGCCUGCGAGCAAGUCUACGCUGGGUUCGCGAUGCCGAUCAAUAUUCACAUGAUACUCAACUGGAGGCUUAUGCGACUUCCAUGCAGCUUCUGGACGCUUACAUGUCUGUCACAGCUUCAGUAUCGUCUCGUCACGAUGUCAUGAAGGAUUUUCCAAGUACGCUUGCCGUGAAUGCUGCAUCAUGUGCUCUUCGUAGCGGUGAUGUGUGUCGCGCUGUCGAGUUAUUGGAACAAGGCAGGACUGUCAUUUGGACCCAGAUGACACGACUCCGCAUGCCUCUUGACAACCUCCAGGAACGCGGCGAUCAUGCCGGGGCGCUGAUGAAGAAAUUCAGAGACCUUAGCUCCCUCCUUGAUACACCUCCUACGAAUCAUCAAGAAGGGACCCCAAGAGUCGAUGUAGAAGCAGAAGAAAGCCGGUACCGACGUCUAGUGGAGGACUGGAAUAGAGUUGUAGAAGAUAUUCGGAAUAUCGAGGGCUUCUCUCGCUUCCUACUUCCCCCCUUGUUCUCCGAUCUCCAAGAUGCAGCUCGUGAUGGGCCUAUCGUCGUGCUCGUUACAAGCGAGGCUUCUUGCGAUGCCAUUAUUAUCACACACAAGCAACCUCCGACUAGCAUUCAACUCCCUACCAAUUGGAAGAAACUCCUGACUUUGGUGUCUACUUUCCAACAGGCAAUUGAAAAAGAUGCUGGUCCUAAAAGGGCCCAACCAGAGCUGGUCAAAACUUUGAGGACGCUGUGGAACGACGUCGUCCGCCCGGUGGUCGAACAUCUGGGCGGAUGUACACGACCAGGUUCCCGAAUAUGGUGGUGCCCGACGUAUCUCUUCAAUUUCCUGCCGUUGCAUGCUGCUGGCGAGUACAGGGAACACGGACAAUCCCUUUCGCAGCUAUACAUCUCUUCAUACACGCCAUCGCUUACCGCGCUCAUCAGGGCUCGCAGAAGUCAUGACAGGUCCUUGUCAGUGUCUUUUGCUGCCAUAGGUCAGAAUCACCCAGACGGUCAUUCAUUCACUUUGGAUUUUGUGGAGCCUGAGCUUGAAUUGGUGCGGAGUCUUUUGCCCCCUCCCCCAACUGUUUCCUUCACCAAGAUAACGAGCGUUGAGGCAACGAAAUCGAGAGCACUCUGCGCAUUACAAGAUAAUACUUGGCUUCAUUUUGCGUGCCACGGGACACAGAACUUUACAGAACCCUUCAAGUCGGCCUUUCUCAUGCGCGACCAACCCCUUUCACUCCUCGAUAUCUCACAAAUGGAUCUGUCUCGGCAUGAAUUUGGCUUUCUUUCUGCCUGCGAAACCGCAGUCGGUAACUUUCACACUCCUGACGAAGUGGUACACCUGGCGGCUGGCCUGCAAUUUGCUGGGGUGCAGAGUGUAGUUGGGACAUUAUGGAGCGUGGAUGAUAGUACGGUGCAGCGCUUAGUCGAGGCAUUCUACAAGAACUUGUGCGGGGAUGGCAAAAUGAAUUCCAAGCGAGCUGCCCGAGCGCUGCACCGAGCGGUCCAGUCGUUGGCCAGUGACAAGGAUAUGUCAUUGCACCAGCGCAUAGUGUUCAUGCAUAUUGGCAUAUGAUCAAUUUCCAUCCAGCCUGUUGCCAAAAAGAUACUUUAUUUUGGCUAUUUCAGACUUUGAGACUGUAUAAGUGCCUCCC